AAUAGAAAGUACGGCAGCCGUGGUCGCUUUGCAUUGACGUAGAACACAUGCGUUUUCCAGCAUGGCGACAUCCAUAGUGUAAAGCAACGGGCAAGGACCUAAACGGACCGGAUUUUUCAAAUGUGGGUUGUUAUUCUCCAACAAAGUUCGUUGUGAAAUCGAGUCACUGUCAGUAUCAUAUGUCACUUGUCAAGUGACACUUAGUGAUUUGAAAAAGCAUUGAACACUGAAUGCAACAUGCUGGUAUCAUGAAAGCACUAUCUACAUGAUACCAAUUCAGCACACACAGUUUUACUCCACUUCGCACUGAUGUCUGUUGGGUUUCAGUUAGGUGGGUCUCUCCUCACACAAAGAGUGGUGCGGAUAUGUGUCACCUGCAUUGGCCAGCAGGGAUACAGGCAGCUCCAUCCCAAAAGUCGAUUCCCUACAUGUACACUGUACACAAGGAGCUUUGGGACUGAUCAUAAGGGGGAGAAAGGGGAAAAUGAGAAAGGGAGCAAAACAACAGACAACCUUGACCCCUCACCCCAGAAUCUAACCCCUAUGCACACCCAGGGAAGAGGUUUGUUUGGUAAAAGGCGACCCCUCUCACCCUUGGAGAGGAUUAGCCGCCUUUUGCCUCAAGACUCCCUAGCCCCAGAAUUGUUGGCGCUGAGAGAGGAGGAUAACCAGGAAGUGGAACAGGGGGAACCUGAUGGGGUUGGUGUUCAAAAAGACCACAACACUAAAGCAGCCUCGGUGACUGAGACUAAGACCCACAGCUCACAAGGAGAAGUAGAAAGUGCAGAGCCACAGGUGCAAAUAGGAUAUGACAGAGUUAGACCGAGAGAAGAAAAAGAGGAUGGUACUGUCAUUGAUAACACAGUACUAGAGCCAAAUGGUUGCCCAAAUUUUUUGCAAGAGGAGGGAUACGUGACUCCUAUGACUCCCACCCUUCUUCCCGGGGAGCAUUUACUCACUUUUGGGGAACUACUUUUGGCGGAGUACCGGAAGAAGGGCCGCGUGGAGUUUAGGAAGAUGUUUCAGCUGCAGGAUGGGCAACGUCUCCAGAGCAGUUGGGGCACCAUCGGACACAGUGACAUUGUCGGCCGCCACGCAGGAGACUUCAUUCGGACCAUCCACGGGACACCCAUCCUUAUACGGCGGCCCAACCUGGAGGAAUACGUGCUUUAUAUGAAGAGGGGGCCGGCAAUCGCCUAUCCAAAGGAUGCCAGUAUGAUGCUGAUGAUGAUGGACGUCACAGAGGGAGACUGUGUGUUGGAGUCAGGUUCCGGGUCAGGGGCCAUGUCACUUUUCCUGUCCCGAGCUGUGGGCUCCAAGGGCAGCGUUAUGAGUGUGGAAAUCAGGGAGGACCACCACAGACGAGCUGUGCUCAACUACAACCACUGGCGUUCCUCCUGGAUCCUGCGGCGAGGAGAGGAAUGGCCCGACAACGUCCAGUUUCAUAUCUCUGACCUGCAGGGGGCAUCCUUGCUCCUCGCCGGGCGAGGGUUUCACUCUAUUGCUCUGGAUAUGAUAAGCCCUCAAUUGGUUUUGCCCACUGUGACUCCACAUCUCCAUCCCGGAGCAGUUUGUGCUGUCUACCUAGCCAAUAUAACGCAGGUCAUUGAUCUACUGGAGGGCCUCCGAUGCUCUGCCCUCCCCCUGCUGUGUGAACGCAUCAUCGAAGUGCAGCUCAGGGAUUGGCUGUUGGCCCCGGCAAUCCAGAAAGAUGGGCGGUUUUGCCGCAGGAAAGCUCCUCCCUCAGCAAGAAACCAGGAGGACGGGGAGAAUAACAAGUUGGAUGAAGAAAAAGAAUACACAAGCGGUCCGGAACCCGCACCAUAUGGGAGUGUCCCUUACAUUGCUCGACCUCACCCGGAGCAAGCUAGCCACACAGCAUUCCUGGUGAAACUGAGGAAGAGUCAGGGGUAGCUAGCCUCCUUCCUCGCAUUUGAAGACUCAUCAGAGGAGUGAUUGGAUGUAUUAUAUUAAUAAAUAAAUGUGAGUUGCCUUGUCUGAGAA